GGGGUCCCGCUGCUCCGCCCCAAGAGGGCGGGCAAUGCGAUGGGGGCGGCUCCGAGGGAGGAAACUGCCCCGGCGGGAGGAGCCGGGGGUGGCGAGGGAAUCGAGCCUCGCCGUCUCGGAGCAACCAUGCAGCUCCUGUCUCUGCUCUCCUGGGCAAUGCUGCCAGGCUGCUGGGCGAUGACGGGGCCCAAAAUCGUGCGGGGAUUCCUGGGGCGGUCCCUCCUGGUGACCUGCAGGUACCGGCAAGGUCUGGAGAUGAAGCCGAAAUUCUGGUGCGUUCCGGGAAAUCUUUUGAAAACCUGUGCUGAAGACAUCGUCGUCACCUCGGGGCUCCAGCCCGUGGUGCAUCGGGACCGGUUCUCCAUCCGAGACGAUCGCGAGUGGCGAGAGAUCACGGUGACCGUGGACAACCUGACCGAGAGGGAUGCGGGCACCUACCGCUGCGGGGUGCGAAAGGGCACAUUUCAGCCUGAUGAGAGUCACAGUGUGAAGGUGAUCCUGUCCCUAGCAUCACCCACCUCGGCCACCAAGCACGUCAGUCUCAGUACCUCUGUGUCAGUCUACAUACAGAAAACUCCCCAGGGAACAGCUGUGCAACCAGCAUCAAACCCCUCCAACCCUGACAUCUCUGAACCUGCACACUUGGAUGUGGUUGAGCACAUCCUCACUCCAAGCAUCAUAGUGAUUCUUCUUUUGCUCCUGGUUGCUGCUGGGGUUCUGGUAAUGCUCUCCAGGAAGAGGAAGAAAGCCCUCUCCGGAGCAGCUAUAGAGAUGGACAGGACCCACAGCCUGUCACAGACAGGAGUGGAUUCCUUGAACUAUGCAGUCAUUAACCACUGCCCAGGCAGAGCUGAGAGCCAGUUGUACAGCAGUGCUGAGGCGUUCUGCUCCCUGGGAAGCCCAGCGACCGAGUACUCAGAGGUCAGGCAGAGUGAUAAGUAUUUGGAAAAGGACAAAGAGACUUUAUAUGCCAAUAUGCAGAAGUCCCUGCCGGAGCAGCAGGAGAUCUAUGCCAAUGUGCCACCAGCUCCACAGCCCAGUGAAGAGCCCUACAGCAUGGAGCAGAGGGUGUGAGCCAGCCCCAACCCCACAGCUGCUCUGGCAGUGCCAGCAGGACACAGGCUGGAUUUCUGCUCCAGCAGGAGCUGGCUUCAAAGUGGAGCUGCUGCUUUUGGAGUCUCACACAUUUCCUUGGAGCAACACCUCAGAGGAUGAGGUUGAACAGGAGGCUUGGACUGGGAUGAGAAUGGAAUCAUCCCUCUGCAUCUGGAAACUUCAUUGGGAAUAAAAAGCUGCCCCUCAUAUUUCCCA